AUGACAGCGGACUCCCUCCACUCUCCUAGUCAGGGGGCUAGCCCGGGCUCCCCCACUUUGCAGAGGGCCUCCCCGUCGGGCUGCAAAGUGGAACCGCUGCUCAUCAAAGCAGAGCCCAGAGGCAGCCCGGCAGAGAGAGCAGCGGAGCCGCCGGUCGAGGAGCAGCCACCUGGCUCCGGCGCAGGUGGUGGUGCGGGAGGCGGCGGCGGCCGUCGGAGGAAGCGCCCGGUGCAGCGCGGCAAGCCGCCGUAUUCCUACAUCGCGCUGAUCGCCAUGGCCAUCGCCAACGCGCCCGAUCGGCGGCUGACGCUGGGCGGCAUCUACAAGUUCAUCACGGAGCGCUUCCCUUUCUACCGGGAGAACCCCAAGAAGUGGCAGAACUCCAUCCGCCACAACCUGACCCUCAACGACUGCUUCGUCAAGAUCCCCCGCGAGCCGGGCCACCCGGGCAAGGGCAACUACUGGACGCUGGACCCGGCCGCCGAGGACAUGUUCGACAACGGCAGCUUCCUCCGGCGCAGGAAGCGCUUCAAGCGCACCGACCUCACCACCUACCCGGGCUACGUGCACAGCGCCAGCGCCUUCACCCCCAACCCGGGCCCCGUGGCCCGAGCGGGGCCCGGCUGCGGAGGCUCCGGAGGCGCCGCUUACCCGGGCGGCGGGGGCGCCCUCUACUCCCCCGGCGGCGCCGCCGCCUACAGCGCGCAGCUGCCCGGCCUGCCGCAGUACCCAGGGGCGCCCCCGGCGCUGCCGCCGCGGAUGUUCAGCAUCGACAGCCUCAUUAGCUCCCAGCAGCAGCAGCAGCAAGCAGCCGCGGCGGCGGCCCUGCAAGGCUCCCCGGUGGGGCCCGAGCUGGCUCACCACCCCUUGGGCCUCAACGGCGCCGGGGACCUGGGCAGCUGCCCGGGGAGCAACGCCGAGGCCUGCUUCCAGACGCAGCAGGUCAGCCCCGGCUUCCUGGGCCGGCAGCCCCCGGCCAUGGCCUACCCGUACUCGACCUCGCCGCCCGCCCACCUGGCCUUGCCGCCCGGCGCCUAUUCGCCUCCCAGCGCGCAGCUCUACGGCGCCCCCAACAGGCUGGCCCUGCAGCCCGGGCGGCCCGCCGCCUCUUCUUGCGCCGACCACGCCGAGCAGCUUUUGGGCCUGGCGGCCUCCCAGCUCAACGGGCUCGGGCAGUUCGGAGGCGCCGCCAACAACUCAUACAUGAGGCAGCCCAAUUUCCACUCCGGCCUGGAAAGGUACUUGUGA